CCUGUUGCCAGACAACCUGCAGACGCUGACCCGAGCCGUCUUCCGGAAAGCUUCCUUCCAGCCUGUACUGUCCGAAGCUGUUGGAACGAGGUUCUUGGUGCGAUCGCCCUAGGUUUUCUGUUAAUCCUAAAACAUAGUGCUUUAGAGGCGCUGUGGCAUCCGUCUCUUCUGCAUAGAGGUACUGGUGGAAAACUGACAGUCCUUGCCUUUAGCAUAGAGCACUGCAUCAUAAGUACAUUAACGAAUGGAUUUCGAAGUUAGAGGAGUGGCUGCUUCUCUUGGGAGCCAAGCUCAGCUCCUCUCUGGAAGAAGGAAGCCAUUACAAUUAAAGCAAGAUCGGACUUCUAGUUCAUGGGCAACCCAGAAUCCCUGUCCACCUGUGGUCCCGCCACUUGAUUUGAGAAGUCUUCUUGGCUCUGAUGAUGAGGAUGAUUUUUCAUAUAGUUCUCGUGCUGCAGUGCAUACUCAUUAUAACCCAGCAAAGGCACCUGCCCUUGGUUGGGCUGCACCAUGUGAAAUACCACAUCCUCAACAUCAUCUAAAUGAACUGGAACAGGACACAGGACCUGAAAAUUUUCCAGCACCAACUGGCAAAUAUAAGCUAAAACAUGAACAAUAUAAAAAUGUAAUGAAAGAAGGAUAUAAACAGUAUAGUCAGAGAAAUGAAGAAAAGACAAAAUCAAAUAUCACACAUCAACAAUCUCCAGGAAACAAGAUAAAUGAACAGUGCAGUACACAAAGUGCAGAAGCUGGCAAGGAUGACCUUUCCACUCUGGAUCGGAAGGCCCUCUUACAGCAUGGCUAUGUGGACAGCCCUGACCCCGCACAGCUCAGCUCAAGGAAAUCAGAGGUGGAAAUUGUGGCUGCAGAGAAGAAGAAACAGACUGUGGCAGAGCAGAUGAUGAUAGAUCACUUAUCUAGAGCUGUAAUCAGUGAUCCAGAACAAAAUAUAAACAUUGAGAAACAAGAAAAUGCUCAUAUUCCUCCAGAUUCAGAGAGACCACCUCUUCGAUGUAGGAAAAGAACACUACAUGAAACAAAGAUUAGAACCCACUCUACAUUAACUGAAAAUGCGCUUUCUCAUAAAGUACAAUUUGAUGGCAGGAUCAUAUCAAGACAUGGACGUGAUGCCUGCAGAGAGCUGAUUGGGUUCUUUUUCACUAGUGACAAGUCCCUUACAAUUUAUGAAUAUCGACAAUUUGGCAAAAACAGAACAAAUGUCCUUCCAUUUAUUCCCAAAAACAUUUACAGUCAUCAAUGUGGACGAAGAAAAGGAAAACGAUACCAGCUUGGUGACUUUUAUAUUGGUGCAACUUUGACAUUUUUGAGCUCUGAUCAUCCAAGUCUUCCACAAAGCAUACAAGAAAAUAUAGUGCUUAGAAUUCGAAUCACAAAUAUUGAUCAAAUAGCUUUGGAUUCUGUCAAAACUACAUCCAUGGCAUGUGAGGAAGAUAUAAUUAUUCAAGAAGCCAACGAUAGGCUGGUCUUCAAGGCCAUUCAAGAUGCGCUAAAAGAAAAACUGCAGAAAAGAGGUGUUCGAAUUUUGACUGGAUUGGGAAAAUACUUCCAGCAGUUGGACAAGGAAGGACAUGGACUUUUAAAUAAGGCAGAUUUUAAGCAAGCUUUAAAAGUAUUUCACUUAGAAGUACCUGAAAAGGAUUUUGAGUCUCUGUGGGCGAUUCUUAAUGGCAGUGGCGCUGGAAUGGACAGAGUUGAUUAUGGAGAAUUCAGACGCGCCGUUCUUGGUGAAAUGAAUGAAUAUAGGAAAUCAUUUGUUCGAAAGGCCUUUACGAAACUAGAUUUCAGCAAAAGUGGGAUGGUGCCUAUUAUAGACAUAAGAAAAUGCUAUUGUGCAAAGAAGCAUCCUCAAGUUAUUUCAGGUCAUUCCACAGAAGAAGAAAUCAAAUCAUCUUUUCUAGAAACAUUAAAAAAUGCCUGCAGCAAGUCUGAUGAAGUGUCAUAUGGUGAAUUUGAAGAUUACUAUGAAGGUCUAAGUUUAGGGAUAGUAAAUGAUGAUGAUUUUGUUAAAAUCUUACGAACUCCAUGGGGAAUUUAGUAUUUAAAACUACAUAUACUGUCAGCUCUAGGCAUUUUAUAGAGAUGAAUUUUAUGAAAUAUAUGAUCAAAUACUAGGGUAUAUUUUUCAGAACUCCCUUUCUUCUCUUUUCUCCUUACAAAAGUUGAGUCUGGAAAUAAAAAUAUUUAGAAAGAUAAAUGUGUGUGUGUGUACACAUGCUUACCUGCCUAUAAGUUUGUAAAGAUAAUGGAUUUUUAGUUUUUACUUAUUUUGAAGCUAUUUUAAAAAUAAUUUUUAUUAGCUUCUCUAGGAGUGUUAUGUGGGCAUCAAACUGUAUGGAAGUGUGUAUUAACAAGUUUCUUGAUCCCUUACUUUUUUUGUAUGCUUUUCUGCGGUCCUUCCCUGGAAUUUAAUUGCCACCACUCUCAAUUUGGUCAGUUGGAAUUGGGCUUAAAGCCUAUGAGACUAGAAUAAUUCAGCUUGUUUUAACUAUAUAAAAAUAUUAAAAUAAUUAAAGUAUGCAAGAGAAAUUUCCAAAUAGUGUGACUGUAGAUAUUUUCUGUAAUGUUAACGUUAACAUUUAGAAUGGUUGGCGUUUACCUCUACAACCUCACUUGACGUGGAAGUUCUUGUAUUCUAAAUCGUGCACUGUUGUUUGUUCCAUAGACAUAAUAUAAUUAUUCUUGCAGCCAGUCAUGUAUACAUAUAUUUUUCAGUUUUUCAGUACAAAACUUAUUAUCUAUAGCAUAGAAAUAUCAUUUAACUGGAAACAAUAUGAGAGGAAGUGUUCUCUUAGAUUACUAAAAAUAAUCUCAAAAAAUGGGUUAUUAAAUAUGUUGGUCUAAGGGAUAACUUAGCAUUUCUUAUCCAAAAUAUAAAAGCAUAUUUUGUAUAAUGAAAUGAAUGAGUGGUACCCUAAACCUUUCUUUCUUUCUUUUCUUUUCUUUUCUUUUCU